AUGGCACAAACUCAUCUCGACUCAUCAGCUUACUUUCUGGAGCUCUCAAACAAGAUCACAGACUUUCAAAAGAAUCAGAAAAUUGAUAGGAAAAACGCCAAGAAGUUAUAUGAAAACAGGUCUUUAGAAGCAGAACUAGCGGACAACACAUUGAAAAAAGCGAAAACAAAUGAAAAUUCCUACCCCACUAAGGAAUGGGAUAAGAUCGUGAAAAAAGCGGCCAAAGCCAUUGAAGAUGCAGCAGCAGCAGAUAAAUUGUACAAAGACCUGGUGACGAAAUUGGAGGAGACGAGGAAACUAUGGGAGAAGGAGAUGAAGGAGUACAGCAUUAUGUGUGAACAGAUGGACGAAAGCAGGCUGAAAUUUUUGAUGGAAAGCAUGUGGGCUGCUGUUAAUGUAGUAUCAAAAAACUGCCUCGACAUUGAUAACGGCUGUGAAGUUAUAAGGCAGUCCCUUGAAAAUGUCAGCAUUGAUGGAGACAUGAGGAUGUUUGUCGGCAGGUGUCAAACUGGGUCUGAGAAGCCUGCUCCAAUGAGGUAUGAACCCUACCGAUCUCAAUAUUCCUCAUCAGCGCGCGUCUAA